AUGAUGCACAAUUCUGCCGCUUGUCUUAGCAAGGUUGCUGUUCUUGGUGCUGCCGGUGGUAUUGGCCAGCCCCUUUCUCUUUUACUGAAGAACAAUCCUCUGGUGUCGGCACUCAGCUGCUACGACCUUCGUGGUGCGCCUGGCGUGGCGGCGGAUCUUUCCCACAUCUGUUCUCCCGCCAAGGUGACGGGAUACACCAAGGAAGAAAUCAACAAGGCUCUUGAUGGCGCUGAGCUUGUCUUGAUCCCUGCAGGUGUGCCGCGUAAACCGGGCAUGACUCGCGACGAUCUCUUCAACACAAAUGCCUCUAUUGUGCGUGACCUUGUCAUAGCAUGCGCCAAGGUCUGCCCCAAGGCGUUUAUUGGCGUGGUCUCAAAUCCUGUCAACAGCACAGUUCCGAUUGCUGCGGAAACUCUCAAGAAGGCUGGUGUGUUUGAUCCUGCCCGUUUGUUUGGCGUGACGACAUUGGAUUUGGUGCGUGCCCGAACCUUUGUUGCGGAGGCGGGUGGCAAAAGUCCCUAUGACGUUCAUGUCCCCGUUGUUGGUGGACACAGCGGGCCAACAAUUGUGCCGCUCCUCUCCCAGUCCGGUGUGGAAUUGUCGGAUAGUCAAGUGAAGGCUAUCACGCACCGAGUGCAGUACGGCGGUGACGAGGUGGUUCAGGCCAAGGAUGGUGCCGGCUCUGCCACGCUAUCAAUGGCGUAUGCUGGAGCGGAGUGGUCAAAUUCCAUUCUGAAGGCCCUCCGUGGGGACAGCGGAGUCGUGGAGUACACGUUCAUUCAAACCGACGUCUGGCCAAAUUUGCCCUACUUCAGCUGCGCAGUGGAAAUUGGCAAAAACGGCGUGGUGAAAGCACACAAGCCACAGCUCAACAAGUUUGAGGAGAGUCUUAUGGAGAAGGCCAUUGUUGACCUGCAGAAGAAUAUCGCUCGCGGCAAAAGCUUUGUCACGAACUAA